UGCGGUUCCGCUGCUAGUUCAAAUGCCUAGCAAUCGUCGCAUCGCAUACUGGAUGUCGGACAAAAAGUCCCAGAAAGUCAACUGGGAUGAGUUCGAACGUGUUUGUGCCAAAUAUGGCUAUGAACUUUUCAAGGUGGACCUGAACAAUCCUCUUCAUAAUCAGGAGCCAUUUACUGUCUUCCUGCACAAAUUGACUGACAUCAUCGCUUCAGCUAUUUGUGGAGAUGAAAAUAGUAUCAUGAUAAUCUCUUCAAUAGAAUCUUAUUUAUCAGUGAAGCAAGAUGUAAUCGUCGUUGAUCCCAUUGAUAAACUCCGCCAACUUCUAAACAGAUAUGACUGUUACAACAUGAUUAAAUCCACAGAUCUUCAUCGCUCCGGCAUUUUCACGCCAAAUUUCUGCCAAAUUACUUCAAAAAGCGCCAAAGACAUUGCAAUUCAGUUGAAUGAAGCCCAAAUAAGCUAUCCGUUCAUUUGUAAACCUAUCUUGGGCCAUGGAUCGAAGAGCGCGCAUGAAAUGAUGCUUGUAUUCAACGCAGACAACCUAAUUGACUGUCCGGUGCCGUGCGUAGCGCAGUCUUUUGUCAACCAUGACGCUAUUUUGUAUAAAAUAUUUAUUAUCGGCGCGGCGCAUUACUAUGUGCAGCGGCCAUCGCUGAAAAACUUUUACCCGAGUGACUGCGAGUCAAUUCACUUCGAUAGUGCGCACAUUUCGAAAGCUGGCGCAAAGAAUGUGCUCAAUAAAUUGGAUCCGAAUGAAGCGACGGCGCGGAAUGACAUCCUACCUGAUACCAAUGUGUUUCAACAGAUUGUCACCACGAUUCGGGAUGCAUUUGGCAUGGAUCUACUUGGAGUUGAUGUUGUGAUUGAGAAUACUACUGGACAGUAUGCUAUUAUUGAUGUCAAUGCUUAUCCCGGAUAUGAUGGUUGUCCGGACUUCUAUGAGCAUUUAUUAAAGUGUAUUGAUGCAAAAGUAACAUCGAGAACUGAACAAUCUAAUGAGAAAACCGAGAAGACUGAUAAAAGUUGUGAGUGCACGUUACAUUCGGACACGAUAACCAGUGAGAGACAGUUUUUAACGUCCGCUACCGUUUGAUACGAUUCUAGGACUUUUUCAAAUAUUUUAUACAUCUAUUAGGUGUCUAUUUAUCUACACCUGUCUAUUUUACACGUUUAGCUUGUAAGAAAACCAAUUUACCUCUGUUUGUGUUGAAAUUUGGUAGCGUUUGCAUUCGCUGAAUUUUUACACUUUUAAUUCCAACUUGAUAUGAAAUAAGUCUUGAAUUGUUUCCUGUACUUAAGUUUUUUAAGUUUUUAUUUAAUUUUUAAAUGUUUAUUCCAUAUGAGAUUAAAAAUAAACGCGGUUCUAAUGAUAAAA